CACGUAUCGAGAACGCGCUCCCAACACACCACGCGACGACGACUGACAAGAUGGCGAUCAUUUUAGUAACAGAGGAGUUGCUGGCGUGAAGGAGAGGCUCGAUACCACCAUGCCCUGGGAGGGUCCCAUUUCUCAGCUCACCAUGGUCACCAUGGUGAUAUGAAGCCAGUGUGAAACGUUGACACACCUACUCAGACUCACACACAGACUGUCAGUUAUUGACUGACACAGCCAGCCAGCCAGCUCGGCCGGCAGGUGUGUGUAAUGGACAGGUGUAAGCAUGUGGGGCGGCUGCGGCUGGCCCCAGAUCACUCCAUCCUCAACCCCCAGAAGUGGCACUGCGUGGACUGCAACACCACAGAGUCUAUAUGGGCCUGCCUGGGCUGUGCUCAUGUGGCGUGUGGGCGCUACAUCGAGGAACAUGCUCUGCAGCAUUUCCAGCAGCAGCACCACCCGCUGGCUAUCGAGGUUAAUGAACUUUAUGUUUUUUGUUAUUUGUGUGACGACUAUGUCCUGAAUGAUAACGCCACCGGAGACCUGAAGUUGCUUCGUAGUACGCUCAGCGCAAUCCAGAGCCAGCGCUAUGAGGUUACCACCCGCAGUGGGCGCACACUCCGCUCUGCCAGCGCUGCCCCUGAUGCCGUCAUGCCAUCCGGAGCCCGCGAGCUGCAGCUGAGAGACGAGGACAGAAUGUUUACUGCACUUUGGCACCGGCGCAGGGCGCUUAUGGGACGCGUAUUCCGCCUUUGGUUUGGACUGACUGAAUGCGGAAAAAAAAGGGAGGAAGAAGAGAGAAGGAGGGAGGAGGAGGAGGAGCAGAAAAGGGAGGCAAGGGAGAGGAGGCGUGCUCAAAAGAGGCAGCUACAGGAGGAGCUGGAGAACGCUCCUCUCAGGAAAAGUCGCCGGCUACGUAAGAAGAGUCAGAGAGCUGCAGAUUCUGCAGUCACAACACCGUCUCUGAGGGUACGCCAUAAAACAAAACCCCCUGUGCCCCCGUCUGUCACCCGCAGGCCAAGAGCUCAAAGCCCUGCCACUGCUACUCCCAAGAUAGCUGGACGGACGAAAAAAGUCCAACCAGUGCCUAAAACCCGGAGCCGAUCUUCUACCACCAAAUCUAAACCCAAAACACCCUUAGCGACCCCCCGUGCUGCCCAAACACCCGUUCGCCGAAAGCCGAGUACCAAACAGGACGGCUCGCCCUUUAAACGACGUCCCACAGUCACACCUGGAGUGACGGGACUGAGGAAUUUAGGCAACACCUGUUACAUGAACUCCAUCCUGCAGGUGCUGAGCCACCUGCAUGUCUUCAGGGAGUGCUUUCUGCGCUUGGAUCUCACCCAGGCUCUGGAGCUACUAGCAUCCGCCGUCCACGGCCAGCUGGCGGGGAAGGCCUCGUCGCAGUCCAGCCUGACCCAGAGGAAGGGAUUCCAGGCCAGCUCAGGCUCCGGGGCGGGGCUGAGCGGCGGGGCCUCACGGGGCCGCAGCAUGGAGCUGAUACAACCCAAAGAGCCCAGCUCGAAGCACAUCUCUCUCUGCCACGAGCUGCACACCUUAUUCCAGGUUAUGUGGUCUGGCAAGUGGGCGCUGGUAUCGCCUUUUGCCAUGCUCCACUCAGUGUGGCAGCUGAUCCCGGCGUUCAGGGGCUACGCUCAGCAGGACGCUCAGGAGUUCCUGUGUGAGCUGCUGGACAAGGUGCAGCACGAGCUGGAGAGCACCGGCAAGCACACGACCACCGCAGGAGUCCCGCAGAAACGGCUGAUCAAGCAGGUGCUCAGUGUGGUCAACACCAUCUUUCAUGGCCAGCUCCUCAGCCAGGUGACGUGCCUGGCCUGUGAUCAUCGCUCCAACACCGUGGAGCCGUUCUGGGAUCUGUCCCUGGAGUUCCCGGAGCGGUAUCACAGUAAUAGCAGGGAGUCGGCUGCUCAGGCUUCCUGCCAUCUGACGGAAAUGCUGGCCAAGUUCACAGAGACUGAAGCGCUGGAGGGAAACAUCUACGCCUGUGACCACUGUAACUCUGCUCGACGGCGGACCUCCUCCAAAUCGGUCCUCCUGACCGAAGCACAAAAACAGCUGAUGGUCCACAAACUGCCUCAGGUCCUGCGGCUGCACCUCAAACGCUUCAGGUGGUCUGGGAGGAACCACCGAGAGAAGAUCGGCGUCCACGUGAGCUUCGACCAGAUUCUCAACAUGGAGCCGUACUGCUGCCGAGAGCCCUUCUCCACUCCCAGCAGCCCCAGCUCUGCGGGCUCGCCGCGCCCAAAGCACUUCCUGUAUGACCUCUCCGCCGUGGUGAUGCAUCAUGGGAAGGGCUUCGGUUCGGGCCACUACACCUCGUACUGCUACAACACAGAAGGAGGCUUCUGGGUUCACUGUAAUGACUCUAAGAUGAACGUGUGUUCGGUGGAGGAGGUGUGCCGUGCUCAGGCCUACAUCCUCUUCUACACACAGCGAGUAUCUCAGGACAAAGACCGGCCGCUAUAGGACCACAAUCCCUUGAACCUCCUCCUCCUCCUGGAGAAGAUAUCAGCACAGCCCCACCUAUCGCUCUUUCUCUCUUCCCUCUCUUUCUUUGGGCAUUUUAUAUCCUGGGAGGAUGGGUCUUUUUAGUUUAUUUUUCUAAAUAAGGAAAAAAAAAGAGAGGAAGGACUCCUUUUUUAAAACCUGGUUCUGCUUUGUGAACUUCUUGUAUAUGGUGUUUAUAUGUAGGUAUUUUUAAAAAAAGAAGAAAUGCUGAUGUUUGUGACUUGUGUAUAGGUGUAUUUUUUAAAAGAAGAAGAGUAUCAGCCAAGAUGUGUCUCAGUAGCAGCCAACAGACUCCGGCCGCGUCCUCUACAGGUCGCACAGGUGUUAGUCACGUGUCUGCCUGCCUGCGUUUGGUGGCUUGUUGAUUGUAAAUGCUGUUUGUUUUGUUAAGAAAAAAAAAAUCAGCUGAAAUGUUUCUCAGUCACUUUAGAUAGUCGUCACAGAACUGGAUGUAGAGUUGUAAACACGUCGUUCACGCAGUAGAAAACGGCCUCGGUAACGUUUUCAUAGAUGUAAACAAACAAUGGCUGUAUUUUUUUAAUUUUUUUUUUUUUUGCCACCUUUCCUGCCAGAAAUGCACUAAUUUCUACAGAUUAGGUUGUCAGCGGUUGUUUUUACUCGGUUGAUCCGUACACAAGUAGGGCGGGGAAGUUUAUUUUUCACCCUGAAGUCCUCCUGGGUCUGUCAGGAGGAGAGAAGAAAAAAAAAUGGCAGACCUCAAGCCAAAGCCUCGGGGGGAAGUGUGUGGAAAAACCUCUCAGCAUUUCCAAAACGGUUCAACAUUUGCUGGAUGUUUUUUAUUUUUUCCUCCCCUCUUUCACUGAGAGGAGGAGGAGGAGGGGGGAACAGUUUCCAAAGGGAUGUCUUUUUGGCUAAAUGCUGCCACCUCUGUGCUCCAGAAUGUAAUUGUCUUCAGAGCCUGAACCAUCCACAGCCAGACAAACACGAGUUAAACGUAGAGAAGUGCCCUUGUGUUCAGAAAGCAGAUAUAUUUUUAUAGUUCAUAUCACAUCAGCAAAAGCGGCGUCUGCCCGUCUGCAGCCACCAUCCAGACCAGCAUUUACAUUAUGAAUGUAUUUUUAUACAAUCCCUCUCAGAGGUUUAUAGACAAAGAGGCCACCGGCUGUUUUUUAAAAAAAAGUUUUAUAUACAAACGCUGAUUGUUCAACACCACCAGCAGACGUGAGGUCUCUCACUGUUGUCCCAUCAUGAGCGAGGUGUGUAGUGUGUGUGUGUGUGUGUGUGUGUGUGUUUGUGUACAUGCUGUGUUUUAUUCACCAUACUGUCCAGAUUUAACGGGAUCUCUGCAGUGAAUACAGAUUGUGAUAUUUAUCUCCAUACUGGAGAGAAUUUGUACAAAAGGCAACAGAUAUUGUCCACCUCAGCUGUGUUCUCUCUGGUUUCUCCAUCAGAGGGAAACUUCAUGUGUUUGUUUUAUUCUCCACCGUCAGAUGUGACUCGUUGGUUGUUGGCAUU